GUGACGCCAUCUUUAAUUUCUUUUAUUUUGUUUUUGUCGAUGAGUUGGUGCAAGUAAUUUGACCCGUUUUUCAGGGCUCUGUGAGACCGAUUCGGUUUGAUUUUUAGCUGAAUGUUUAAACUACGGUCAAGGAGUAGAGCCAAGGCAGGUGAUGGCGAUGUCGCCAACAAAGUGCAGGAGGUGGAGCCGGCUGAAGACGAUGACGAGGACUUGGGGCUUGUCAUGAAGAUCACAAUAAACAAUGACGCUGAGGAUGACUCGUCCUCAUUGGUAUUUAAGAAGACGCAUCGGCGUCAAAACUCGCGCAGUCUACCAAAGAUGGACGCACUAGGUCUGCAGAAAGAGUUGCAACCCUCAAACGAACUCAAAACGACGAUUGAUGAUCCAAGCAAAGAAGAGUGGUUCCGUACAUGGCCUGAGAAUAAAAAGGACGGCGUAGUAAAUGGAAGCCCAAACAACCGCGUUAGGGCGACUAUCCCUCUUGAUCAGCUUCUGAAGGCAAUGCCCCUCGCAUACAGCCCUGUCACCAAACAACUGCAUGUCCUUCCAAAGGUGGAACAGAGUGAACAGGAAGAUUUAAAAAAGAUUCCAAAGAUGGAAGAGGAGCACCAAAAAGAAGAAAAAGAUUGUUUGCUCAGCACUAGCGACUCUUUCUCAUCGUUAUCUAACAUCAGCCGUGAAAUCACCUUAAAUCCAUCAUUUGAUGAAGAUGCUUGCAGCACAGCCUCCCUCAGAGAUGCCUUUCUUCCAAAUCAGUACAUAACCACUACCGCCACCAACGAUUUGGCUAAAAACAAACAGACGAGCGCAUUUUCGAACUUAUUUUCCAAGAGUAUUUUCAGUUGGAAGUCAAGCAGCAAGGAAUCAGGAGACUGGAAAUUGUUUGGCAAAAAAAGUAGCAACAGAGUCUCCAGUGGACUUAGUUUGGACGAGGCUUGCUCAAUGAAUUCUAUGAGUGGCAGCAGUAGCAACAGCAGUUUAGUUUUCUCUGGCAGGGAAGCAAGCAGUGGAUCGUUGAUCCUGGAGGCAAGACCAUCAAAUCUACCAGCCAAAAGUCCAGAGGAGGAGGAGAGGCAUCGACAGCAAUACCAACAGAUUUUGGAGGCCGCUAAAAAGAAAGAGUUGAAAGAGGCAAAAUUAAAGAAGAAACAAAUUCAAGAGCAGCUCAAAGCAGAGGACAGCGUGGCUAAAGCGACAUCAAUCUGGAAAACAGAUAUUCUUCCUAAGUGGGAGUCUGUCAAAAACUCAAAAAAGGUGAGGGACUUGUGGUGGCAUGGCAUUCCAUCCUGCGUCAGAUGCAAUGUGUGGCAGCUUGCUGUUACUAACAAACUAAACUUGACACCACAGGAUUACUACACCUACCAUUCAAGAGUCCAAGAAAGACUUCUAACGGAAAAAAUGAGCAGCCAAGAUGGCAAUUUAGUCCCUUGUCUAAUGGAUGCAGCAAUUAAACAAAUCAAGCUUGACAUUUCACGCACAUUUCCUUAUCUCAGCAUAUUUAAAGAGGGUGGACCAAACUACGACUCUUUACUGAACGUUCUCGCUGCUUAUGUGUGCUAUGAGCCUGACCUGGGCUACAUGCAAGGCAUGUCCUUCAUUGCAGCCGUCCUUAUUCUCAACCUUGAUCCUGCAGAAGCGUUUGUCUGCUUUGCUAACAUCCUCAAUAGGCCAUGCCAGCAAGCCUUCUUUGGCAUGAACGAGGCGGCCAUGAAAGCCUAUUACAAUACAUACAACGACCUCUUGACCGAAAAUAUGCCUCAACUCAGCAAGCACUUUGCUGAAGAGCAACUGGCGCCAGACAUGUAUUUUGUCCAAUGGAUUUACACCAUGUUCUCGAAUGCGCUGCACUAUGACAUUGCCUGCAGGGUGUGGGACCUGUAUUUUCGCGAUGGAGAAGAGUUUCUCCUCAGAACAGCCCUUGGAGUACUUCAUUUAUACCAGGAAACCUUGAAGAAAAUGGAAUUUGAGCAGUUGUUGCAAUUUCUUACCAAAUUGCCCAAAGAUAUUGAUGUCGAGGCACUCUUCCGCUCCAUCGAUGCAAUCCACACGACCGUCGGCAAACUCAAUUUUGACUGUGUGCUGGCCAACCACAAAUGCACAAAUAAUGCAAAUCAGUGAUCUGACUUUUUCGCUUUUCACAUUUUUAAGACUAUGGAGAGGAAAUAAGAAGGAGUAGCAGAAAACCAGUUGCAGUGUGAGAAAUUAUCACAUUUUGGAUACAUUUUAGUGUUGAACAUCCUGUUUGAAAUUUAGUGGUUUUCCGUUACUCAUUGUUCUAGAGAAAAUAUGCGUAGCAACUAGUCACUAGCUUGACUGUUCUGGUGAAUGGAAAAAUGCGGAGAAGGAAUGAGAGAUUCUAAAAUUGUGAUAUUUACAUAUAUGUGAAGUUAUUUUUUAAAAGUAAUGUUAAAGAUCUGAAAUCUACCAAUUUUUAUAUAUCUGUUUUAAGAAUUUGAUAUUAACAGCCACUCAUUUAAAUCAGAUUUAAAAUAAAUCGUCUGAAUCGUCCCGUUAAUUUUAAAUUGUUGAAAUUUCUAUGACGUGGCAAUGGUGCCAAGAAUGUCUCUCUUUGUAUAACUUAUUUCUACUGUUUUCGCAUAAUUUAGUGUCACAACAAGAUAUUUCUAGCAAUCUCAAAAUAAAUAUUAUAUUUUUAAAAGGAAUCUCAGCAUAUAUAUAUUA